AUGUCCGCUCUUUCAUCAUCGAUAAUAUGCCGCCUGGCACUCCUAACGACCUUAUUCUCACUCCUCUGCACACACGCCCACGCGGCAAACCUCGCAGCAUGGAAAUCCCGCACCAUCUACCAAACAAUGACCGACCGCUUCGCGCGCACGGACGGGUCAACCACGCACGCCUGCAACACGACCGCCGGCCUCUACUGCGGCGGCACCUGGCUGGGCACGCUCAGCCACCUCGACUACAUCCAGGGAAUGGGCUUCGACGCCGUCAUGAUCUCGCCGAUUGUCGAGAAUGUCCCGGACCGCGUCUCCUACGGCGAGUCGUACCACGGAUACUGGCCCGUCGAUCUGUAUUCGCUGAAUGGGCGCUUCGGGACCAAGGAGGAUUUGCUCAAGCUUAGCGAGGGCCUGCAUGCGCGCGGGAUGUACCUGAUGAUGGACGUCGUCAUUAAUAAUAUGGCAUUUGUCCUCAAGGACGGCGAGAGUCCAGCCAAGGAUAUCGAGUAUUCGAAACUGAGCCCGUUUAACAAGGAAGAGUACUAUCAUCCGUACUGCAAGAUCACAGACUGGAACAACUAUACGAACGCGCAGAACUGCCAGACGGGUGAUUUGGAGGUCGUCCUGCCGGAUCUAUACACGGAGCACGAGGAGGUGCAGACUAUCCUCGAGAAAUGGACGCACGAUAUGAUCAAGACGUAUUCGAUUGAUGGGCUUCGUGUCGAUGCAGCCAAACACGUUGACUCGGGGUUCCUGACGAAAUUCGUCGACUCGGUUAAAGCUGAUACGUUUGUUACGGGAGAGGUCCUCGAGCGCGAGGUCGAUAUCGUCUGCCACUAUGCGGACAAUUACAUUGCGAGCAUGCCCAACUAUCCGAUCUACUUUGCCAUGCUGGAUGCACUUACGAAUGCGACGACGGUUAACCUGUUCAAGGAAGUCGAGAUGAUGAAGAGCGCCUGCAACGACGUGACGUCGCUCGUCUCCUUCUCCGAGAACCACGACCAGGAGCGAAUCCCCGCAAAGAAUGACGAUAUCGCCAUCGCCAAAAACGUGCUAACAUUCACGCUCCUCUUCGACGGCAUCCCCAUGAUCUACCAAGGCCAAGAACAGCACCUCGCCGGCGGGGGCACGCCCGAAAACCGCGAGGCCAUCUGGCUCUCGAAGUACGACACCACCGCGCCGCUGUACAAACACAUUUCGCAACUCAACGCGCUCCGCAAACACGUCACGGCCCUCGGGGCCGACUACCUCGAUUCACCCACGGUCCCCCUGCACCGCGACGACGGCGCCAUCGGCUUCAAAAAGGGCGUCGAGGGCCGGCACGUCGUGAUGCUGCUUUCCACGCAGGGAUCGACGCAGGCGAAGCCGUAUACGAUCCCGCUCAAGGUUGCGUAUAACGCGGGGACGGAUGUGGUCGAGGUGCUGGGGUGUACGAAUUACACGGUUGAUAAUGCUGGGCAGAUGGUUGUUACGAUGGACAAGGGGGCGCCGAGGGUGUUUUUUCCGACGGAGCUGAUGGAGGGGAGUGGGCUUUGUGGGUUUGAGAAGGGGAAUGUUACGCUUGCGGAGCUUGUGGCGGGGGUCGCGGAGAGGAAGAGUAGUGAUGUUUCUGGUGGGAGUAGGCGGGUUGUGUUCGGUAAUGUGGUGUUGUUUGUAGUGGUGUUUGUGACGUGUUUGAUGUUUGGAUACUAA